AGCUGCAAUCAUCUACAGAACAGAAUCCAUCCGUCGCCCCGACGAGCUGUAUCGCGUCGAUCAAUUUAAACGCGCAUUCGCGGAUCGCGCGUCUCGUCCGCAACGGCCCCGGCCGCUACCUUCCACCCUCCACGUCCCUGUCACCACUCACCGCCGUCGCGGCCAGGCCAGUUCCUGUACUAGAGCUAUAUCAGCUCCGUGCCCACGGGCUCCUCUUCGCUCGGCUGAUUCUCCCUGUCGCGGGGCGCUCUGGGCAGACGUUCCGCCGGCCCGCUGUACCGUAGCUCCGCUCCGCCCUCUCGCGCCGGUCCUCGCCGUGCUGCACUCGCGUCGUCGGCCGCAAUGCGGCGGGCGCCGGGCGCUGGUGGCGGGGCCUCCCUCGCCCGCCUCGCCGUCGCGCUGUGCUGCGCCGCGCUCGCGCCCCGCGCCGCGGCGGACCUCGCGGCGGACCGGGCGGCGCUGCUCGCGUUCCGGGCCGCGGUGGGGCCGCGGCUCCCGUGGGACGCGUCCGCGGCGUCCCCCUGCGGGUGGCGCGGCGUCGGGUGCGACCGCGCGGGCUCGCGCGUCGUCGCGCUGAAGCUCCCGGGGGCCAGCCUCGCCGGCGCGGUGCCGCCCGGGACUCUCGGGAACCUGACGGCGCUGCGGACGCUGUCGCUCCGCCUCAACGCGCUGUCCGGCGGGAUCCCCGCCGACAUCGGGGGCUGCGCGGAGCUCAGGUACCUCUACCUCCACGGCAACCGGUUCGAGGGCGGGAUACCGGAGGGCUUCUUCGGGCUAAGCUUGCUGCAGCGGCUGGUCCUCUCCGGCAACCAGAUUUCCGGCGGGGUCUCGCCGGAGUUCAACAAGCUCGCCCGGCUCGCUACUCUGUAUUUGCAGAACAACAGACUAAACGGCACGCUACCGGCGGGCCUUGACCUCCCGAAGCUUCAGCUGUUCAACAUGUCGGACAACGGCAAUCUCACCGGCCCUGUGCCCGCGUCGCUCGCCAGGAUGCCGGCGAGCGCCUUCGCUGGGACAGCCCUCUGUGGUGGCCCUCUAAGCCCAUGCACAACCCCUCCGCCGCCGCCGUCUCCAUCACCCCCGCCACCGGCCCCUACUGACGGUAGCAAGAGCGGAAAGCUCUCCAUUGGUGCGAUCGCCGGCAUUGCUGCGGGUGCCGCCGUGGCGUUAUUGGUUUCGAUCGGCGUGAUCUUCUUACUCUGCUCCCGGUGCCAGAGGACAAAGGCUGACAGGUCCGCGGCCAUGGCGGCCGACGCCGACGUGGACGGUUCUCCGAUGUCGGUCACCGUGGCGAGCAUGGACAAGAGCUCCACGAAGCGGUCCUCGCAUGCCCCGGCCGGCAACGCCAAGAAGCUGGUGUUCCUGGGAGCCGCGCCGGACACGCCGUACGACGUGGAGUCGCUGCUGCACUCGUCGGCCGAGGUGGUCGGGAAGGGCUGGCUGGGCACGACGUACCGCGCGACGCUCGAGGGCGGCGCCGCCACCGUGGCCGUGAAGCGUCUCCGGUCGGCGCCCAUCCCCGAGCGCGAGUUCCGCGACAGGGUGGCCGCGCUCGGCGCGCUCCGGCACGAGAACCUGGUGCCGCUCCGCGCCUACUUCUACAGCCGGGAGGAGAAGCUCCUCGUCUACGACUUCGUCGGCGCCGGCAGCCUCUGCUCCCUCCUCCACGGCAGCCGGAGCGGCGCGAGCCCCGCGCGGAUCGACUUCACCUCCCGGGCCCGGAUCGCGCUGGCGGCCGCGCGCGGCGUCGCGUUCGUCCACGGCACCGGCGCCCGCUCGUGCCACGGCAACAUCAAGUCGUCCAACGUCCUCGUGACCGACGCGCGCAACGGCGCCUACGUGACCGACCACGGCCUCGUCCAGCUCGUCGGCGCGCACGUGCCGCUCAAGCGCGUCACCGGGUACCGCGCCCCGGAGGUGACCGACCGGCGCAGGGCGUCGCAGGAGGCGGACGUGUACAGCUUCGGCGUGCUGCUGCUGGAGCUGCUCACGGGGAAGCCGCCGGUAAACUCGGUGCCCGGGAGCAGCGACGACGGCGUGGACCUGCCGCGGUGGGUGCGCACGGUGGUGCAGGAGGAGUGGACGGCCGAGGUGUUCGACGCCAGCAUCGCCGUCGAGGAGCGCGUCGAGGAGGAGAUGAUGCGGCUGCUGCAGCUCGCCACGGAGUGCGCCGAGGACGAGCCUGACCGGCGGCCUCCGAUGGCCGAGGUGGCCGCGAGGAUCGAGCACAUUGUCGACAGCGCGCUCCGGAAGAUGGACACGGAGGAGGACGAUUUCCAUAGCAUUUCUCCGUGACCUGUUGGCGCGGUUAUUUUCGAAACUUGGAUGCACAUUGUGCAGCGAUGAUGUUAAUCGAUCUUCAACAUGUUCAUAGCAUUUGUUUCAUCGUUUUUUUAGUUCACUGAGCAUUGUUUCUCUGUGAAGGCAUGCUACAAUUGCCAUCGUGGCAGCACUGGCACACUAUGUUCGCACCAACUAGCCUUGUUUAGAACAAGUGGAAAUCUUGCGUUUCAUAUGCUAAGAUCAGAACCUGUAUUUUGACGCUGAGGUCAGCCGUCUGCAUAAGAGAUUCCGCUUCUGUUUGGCA